UCAAGCCAAAGCCACAAGGCGCAAAAUACAACCGCAACUUCCGCAUCCGGUAGCUUGCUCGUCGAGAUGGCGGACAACGACGCCGCAGAAGCGAAGUCACGAGAAAGACGCAUACAAGAACUGAAAGUCUUGGAGCAUGAAAUUAACUGCCUCAAGAAAGAUGCUUGUGUCUACAAGCAGCAGCCAAACAGCAACAUCUUCUUCAAGUCCACGCUAGCAGAUGUUAAACAAGAUACAAAGAGAAACUUGGAUGCAUUGCAAGCACGGCAGAAGUUUGAACCAUCCAAGAAGACCGGCUCAGAUUGACACAGCUUUGUCUUUCAGACUUGACAUACAGUGGCAUAUUGUUGUGUCUGUGACAAAUAACAUGACUCAAAUGAUUUAAAAAGUGUUACGACGUCAACCUGUCACUGGCAAUUCAUGCACUGAAGAUGUGUGGCCCAGCAAAAGAAGAAAUGCCGCCAGUCUGUUAUACCUUAGUGACAACUGCAAAUAAAGUACGAAUGAAGAGAUAUUCUACUUCUCUAAAGUAUUUGUGAAAACAAAGCAUGGCUGCAGGAAGUGUG